AUGACUACUUUCUCAAGACUUCAUAAAAUUGCCCUUUUAAGUUUAGGCGCUGUUGGUGGUAGUUUAGCAUAUUACACUAUUGGUAAAUCCGAAAAGAAAUUUGAUGUGCAGAAUUCUUGGACUGUAAAUUACACUCCCAGUGUAAAAUGGGAGAAGAAUUGGGACUGUCGGGAACCUCAGUCUAUUGUAAAACUAUCAUCACCAACUAAACCAGAAGAUGAAAAUCGAUACAAUGAACAAAUUGAAAAGGCAAAAAGUAAAGCUAUUAGACACUUAAUUCUUAUCAGACAUGGACAAUAUAAUGUUGAUGGAACUACAGACAAAGAGAGAGUCUUAACCGAUUUAGGUAGAAUUCAGGCAGAUCUGACUGGGAAAAGACUUGCGUCGUUAGAUGUGAAGUGGGAUUUACUCGUGCGGUCUACAAUGACACGAGCCCAAGAGACGGCGUCGAUAAUAGCCAAGCAUCUACCUCAAGAUUUACAAAUAAAAGACUGUCAACUUCUUGAAGAAGGUGCGCCCAUUCCACCCGAGCCACCAGUUGGUCAUUGGGCACCUGAACCAAAACAGUUCUUCCAGGACGGGGCGCGAAUAGAGGCUGCGUUUCGGCGUUACUUCCACAGGGCCCCACCCGACCAGACGAAGGACUCCUUCACAAUUCUUGUUUGUCACGCGAACGUCAUAAGAUUCUUUGUUUGCAAGGCGCUCCAAUUUCCACCCGAAGGAUGGCUACGUAUAUCACUUAACCAUGGAUCGAUAACUUGGGUGUCAAUUCUACCCAAUGGCAAUGUAGUGUUACGGGCCCUCAGUGACACGGGUCACAUGGACCCCAAGCACAUCACAAGCCGCCGACCCAAAAAGCUUUCGAAGCGUCGAUUAAACCAGACUUCACAACAGUAA